AUCCUGAUCUGGUUGCAAUCCAGAUCCUUAUUCAGAUCCUGAUCUGGUUCCAGUUCCUUAUAUGGUUCCUGAUCCAGAUUGUGACCCUGAUCUGGUUCCUGAUCCCGGUCCUCAUCUGGUUCCUGAUCCCUAUCUUGAUCCUGAUCCAUUUCUGAUUCUAGAUCCUGAUGGUGAUCUGGUUCCAGUUCCUGAUCCAGAUCUGGUUUCUGAUCCUGAUCUGGUUCCUGAUCCAGAUCCUUAUCCAGAUCCUGAUCUGGUUCCUAAUCCUGAUCUGGUUCCUGAUCCAGAUCCUUAUCCAGAUCCUGAUCUGGUUCCUAAUCCUGAUCUGGUUCCUGAUCCAGAUCCUUAUUCAGAUCCUGAUCUGGUUCCAGAUCCUGAUCUAGAUCUGGUUCCUGAUCCAUAUCCUUAUUCAGAUCCUGAUCUGGUUCCAGAUCCUGAUCUAGAUCUGGUUCCUGAUCCUUAUCCAGAUCCUGAUCUGGUUCCUAGUCCUGAUCUGGUUCCUAAUCCUAAUCUGGUUCCUGAUCCUGAUCUGGUUCCAAUCCAGAUCCUUAUUCAGAUCCAGAUCUGGUUCCAAGUCCUGAUCCAGAUCUGGUUCCUGAUCCAGAUCUUGUUCAAUCAUGUCGUAAAGUCCUCCUGCUUGUUUAUUUUUGAUCCAAACGCUGUAAAUAACUAAUUUAUCCCUAAAAAUGGAGGUUUUGUGGGACGUUUGGUGGAGCAGCAGAGAAUCAAAGGACGGAUCAGUGCCUGGCUCACCUGUUGGUUCGGUUCACAGAACGAUCAAAACCUCUUAUCUGCAUCUUUGCAUUUUCUGUUCAAUAAAACCUCCCAGCUGCUGGACUCGGU